UAGGAAAAACAUGUGGGCUGCCAAUUCUGGACUUUUCUCCACUAAUACUGGUCAAGAAUGAACCACUAAUCUUUUACCAGUCAAAGCAGUCUGGUAUUCCUUGCAUUUUAAUUUUUGAGGCAAGGGGGAAGAUGGGCUCGACCGGCAUCUUUGUUACAUUUAAUACAAAGGCCAAUGAGAGAGGGGAGAGAGCCAUAGAGCCGCCUAUCGAACAAUAAUAGCAUGGAGUUCCUCAGCUAUUUCCUCUCCAUCCUUAUCAUCUUCCAUCAUCUCCUCAUCCCUUCCGAAUCCCAGAAUGACUCGUAUUACUAUGAUGCCUGUGCCCCCUACCCCUGUGGCAACGUUACUGUGGCCUUUCCCUUCUUCUUCUCUGAGACCUUCUGUGGCCUCCCCGGCUUGGAGAUCACAUGCAUCUCCUCUACCCCCACCCUCACGCUCUCCGGAGUCCCUUACCAGGUGAAUAAAAUCUUCCUCUUGGAUUGCUUGAUCACAGUCUCUAACACCAAACUCGCUCAGAACCUCCAGUCCAACAGCUGCGAUGGCCUUCAGAACUACUUCCUCCCAGAAGUCAAAUUUUCUCCCCUUCAACUCCCAUCGUGGGUCAUGAACCUUAACUUCUCCUUCUGCAGCCAUCAUGGUGAACUUCCUUUAAAUUUCACAGAGGUUGCUGUGAAUUAUAGUGGGGGCUGUGCUGGGAAUGAAAGUCUCUAUGUAUUUCGUCCAUCUAACAGCAUGUACAGUGGGGAUUCUGCGCUUCCAGCAUCCUGUGUACAUGCUGCACUCCCAGUGGAGCCGCUAGAACUUGGGAGGAAUUUCACACACAGGGAUGAGGUUUUGGCUGUGUUAAAUGAAGGGUUCCCGCUGCAGUGGGACAACUUCACAGAUUGCUGGGAAUGCGUGAGGGAGGGUGGCCGGUGUGGGUACAACAAGAGCACUGGAAAUAUAACGUGCUUUUGCAAGUAUGGAUGCAGUCAAGGAGGAUACCUGGGCGCUGGCAGGUCCAAAGCAUGGAAGAUCAUUCUAGCGGUGGUGGUCCCUACUACAUUCGUUUUACUAGCAGGACUAGUAGCAUUUAUCAAGUUCAGAUCAAGUGCCUUGUCCAUCUUUAACAACCUCUCUAUUAGAAGCAUAAGCCGAAGUGGCAAUGCUGAUGUUGAAGAGUUCAUGAAGAGCUACCGGUCAAUGCUGCCCACAGAUUUUUCCUACAUUGCUGUGAGGAAAAUUACACAUGGCUUCAAAGAAAAGUUAGGUGAAGGUGGCUAUGGAAACGUAUACAAAGGGCAAUUACCAAAUGGUCAACUAGUUGCAGCUAAACUUCUCGAGAAGUCUAAGAAUAAUGGUCGUGAUUUUGUUAAUGAAGUUGCUACCAUCGGUAGGAUUCACCAUGUCAACAUCAUACGGCUUUUGGGAUUUUGCUGCGAUAGCCCGCAUCGAGCUCUAAUCUAUGAGUUCAUGCCAAAAGGAUCACUUGGAGAUUUAAUAUCAAAGGAAGAGAUAAUACAUACCAUCGGAGUUCCACGACUGCUAAAAGUUGCUAUAGGGAUUGCUCGGGGUAUUGAGUAUCUUCACCAAGGAUGUGAGAGAAGAAUCUUGCACCUAGAUAUCAAACCUCAAAAUGUUUUGCUUGACAAUAAUUUCCAUCCCAAGAUCUCAGACUUCGGAUUAGCAAAGUCCUACUCACAUAAAGACAGCACUGUGACUUUGACAGGUGCUCGGGGGACUGUUGGCUAUAUAGCUCCUGAAGUGUUCAUGAGAAACCUUGGAGGUGUUUCACACAAGUCUGAUGUAUAUAGCUACGGGAUGGUACUAUUGGAGAUGGUAAUGGGAAAGAAGAAUGAGAGACCGGAGACAGAUCACUCUAGCAAAGAGUACUUUCCCGACUGGAUAUAUGAUCAAUUGAACCAGUGGCCAGACUUGGAGGGGGAAGAUGUGGUAAUAGAAGAAGAUACUAGUAUUUCGAAAAAGAUGGUCUUGGUAGGCUUAUGGUGCAUACAAACAAAUCCUGUCAAUCGUCCUUCGAUGAGUACAGUACUGGAAAUGCUUUCUGGGGAGGUAGAACGCAUUGAAAUGCCUCCAAAACCUCUCUUAUUUUCUCCACCAAGGCAACAAUUGGAGUGUAAUAUAUCUUAUACAGAUAGUGGCAGAGAAGGUUCUCUUCAUACUCUUGAGACUCUCCAAUCUGUGUAAGAUGAACCAAGAAAGAGGCUACUCAUGAAGAGCAGAUAAGGGUGUCCUCUUGUACCAGAGUAUCAUCGGUUACUUAUCAAUUAUGCGAAGGAAAGAUCAAUCAUAAAGAUCAUGGAAACACUUUUAAAUAGGGAAUUCCUCUGGAGAGGCUUUGUGAUGAUGGGUAGGACAAGAGGCUCCCAGAGAGAGCGAACAAAGCAAUGUAGCUGCCUACAUGAAUGACGAGUGAUUACUGGGUUAGGUGACAUGGAGCCUGUUUACCACCAAAUUUGCGUCUUUGCGGGUAAGCGCAAAAGUUUGUCAUCAUGCAAAAGCAAACUUGCCAGGGCUACCAUUCAUUCAAUUUGUUAGGUAGUGAGAUGGCAUACCAGGCUUGAGCUCUAGACCUCGCAAAAUACUCUCUGUAUCCCUUGCCAUUUCCUCUUUCACAAAGUACUCACGAUAACGAUAUGUGAGUAAUAGGGGAUUACUUUCUGAAUGUGAUCAAGAAACAGUUCUAGUGUGUGGCUUAGAACCACUGCAGUGGCAGUCCCUUGCCGGGUUGUUUGACGUCUCUGCUGGUUUAUGUGGAGAAAUUUUUGGCUGGACCAGGUCCACUGCUGAGUGCAGGCCAAUUCAGCCGGAGGAGACACGGACUGAAGCUCUGUUUCCCUUCUUUUUUUUAUAUAUAUGUUUCGUCGUGUUGCUUUUUGA